UACGCUUCCGUUCAUCCUUUUCCGUUUGUGUUUCUCCACAAUCGCUUGUUCUCCUCUGAGGUAAAGCCCGAUAAUCGGCGACUUGCGAUUUCAUCCCCAUCCCAUCCAUCUCAACACUCGACCAUGGACACCUCUGAACAGGCUUGCGUCUACGCCGCUCUCAUUUUGGCCGAUGACGAUGUCGCCAUCACCGGGGAGAAGAUCCAGACUAUUCUCAAGGCCGCCAAGGUCGAUGUGGAGCCCUUCUGGCCCGGUCUCUUCGCCAAGGCUUUGGAGUCUUGUAACGUGAAGGAGCUCAUUACGAACGUGGGUUCGGGGGUGGGCGCCGCUCCCGCUCCUGGGGCUGCGGCCGCUGCGGCCGCACCCGCUGCUGAUGCUCCCAAGAAGGAGGAGAAGAAGGAAGAGUCUGAAGAGGAAGAUGACGACAUGGGAUUCGGUCUGUUUGACUAGAGUGGAUUGCACCAAGUCCCAGAACAAGCAUCAUUGCUCCGAGUUUACUCGAGUUCGGAUACGGAUGGGUUCAACCCACACCAUCGGGUACCCAUUGUAUUUUUCAGUCAGUUUGAAAUAUAAUUGCGAAACUA